GCUUGCCAGGACCCCGAAAGCACCUGACUGGGGGUUUCACUCUCUCUCACCACAGAAAAAAGUUGACAACUCUGGUUUAAGCCUGAACUCCAGGUAUACGCCCCGUCCAUAAUGUCGUCGGUGGCUUCUAAAAACCCUUUUGCCUUACUUGAAGAAGGUGUGUCUUCAUCCUCUCGAUUGUGGCCGAUUUUUUUUGCAUUUAUCUUCGACUAUCGCUCUGAUGAUCAUCGUCUUUUUUUCUGUGACAGCCGGCGACAAUAGUGUCGGUGUCCCAGCUUCACCUGCACCAACCAAGGCUCCAGCAACUCCAGCAGCUGAAGCCUCCAAAAAGGACGCUCAAAAAGCUCGUACUGGCCCUGCAUCUCGAGGAGGUAAAUAUUACCAGCGUGGUGGUGCUCGCGGCGGAUCUGGCUUGAAAGAGGGUGCUGGUAAUCCCAACCAGAACGGCAUCGAAGAACCCGAUUCCAUUCCCAAGAAGUUUGAGGGCCGUGGUCGUGGUCGUGGUGGUCGUGGUGGUCCCAGAGGUGGCCGUCGUCCUUUCGACAGGCACAGUGCGACUGGCAAGACUGAUUCCGAUAAGAAGAUCCAUCAAGGAUGGGGUGGUGAUGACGGAAAGACAGAGUUCCAAGCAGAAGCUGCUGCCUCCACCGAUGCUGCUGCUGAAUCUGCCGCACCUGCUAACGACUGGGACGCCCCCCCUGUCGAUAAUUGGGGUACUCCUGCUGCUGAUGCCGGCGCUACCGAGGGUGUUGAAGCUGACAAGCCGGAAAUUCGGCCUCGCAAGGAAGAGGAAGAGGACAAUACUCUUACUCUCGACCAAUACCUCGCCCAGCAAAAGGAGAAGGACACUGUCGUCCCUAAGCUCGAGGCUCGUAAACCUAACGAAGGUGCUUCUGAUGACUUGUGGAAGGACGCCGUCGCACUUCAGAAGGGUAGUGAAGAGGAUGCUUACUUCGUCGGCAGGAUGAAGACUGCUCCCAAGGCUCGUGCUAAGAAGGAAGAAAAGGUCUUUCUCGAAAUCGAUGCUCGCUUCGAUCGUCCUUCUCGCGGAGGUCGUGGAGGUCGCGGUGGUGAUCGUGGUGACCGUGGUGACCGUGGAGGGCGUGGCCGUGGUAGCCGUGGUGGAAGAGGGCGCGCUGACGGUUCCCAUAUCCCUUCCUUCAACGUUGACGAUGAGGCUGCCUUCCCUUCACUUUCUUGAUCUGCAGAACAGUCAACCCAUUGUUUACCAAUUACAACACGCAUAGGAUGGUACUGAGCAGUCAAUACGAAUCAAAAAUUCCUUUCUCUCUUAUGGUUUCUUUGCACAAUUUACGACCAGUCCAUCUUUCAGCCUACGUACCACUGAUGUGUCUAUUUUGCUCUCCAAUUUGUACGAUAUGAACGAAUCUAUGACAUGUCCACUGAGAAAUGCC